AUGUCUACUGACCCAACCCUGAAAAAUAUUUCAUGUCUCAAAACUCUCGCAUUGAAUAUUCUUAAGAAUAGCUCCCCAGGGGUUAUUGAAAAAAAUGUUGACAUUCCAGAACUAGACCCAUGCUCAAGUUGUCUUGAGGAUUAUAUGAAAGAUCUUUCACAAUGUCCUACAUGUGCAAUAGAAAUUGAAUCUAUUGAUUAUGUGCAUUCUGGCACUUCUGAGCAAAGUACCUUGGACCUAAUGCAAAUUUCGCCACAAAUGGCACAAAUAGCAUCUGAUCAGAGCCAGAAUAUA